AUGGAAACAGCAACAAGCCCUGAUGCUGCAGCAGGCGGUUCGCGACCACCACACGGCCAUCAUCCGCCAUCACGCCUCGCCAGGAAGGACGGGAGCUCCCAGGAGAGCCAGUCCCAGGCCAGCCAUCCCCUGUAUAGCCACGGCGUGUGCAAAUGGCCAGGCUGCGAGGCCGUGUUUGGAGACUUCCAGGCCUUCCUCAAGCAUCUGAAUAAUGAGCAUGCCCUGGAUGACAAGAGCACGGCGCAGUGUCGUGUCCAGAUGCAGGUGGUCCAGCAGCUAGAGCUCCAGCUGGCCAAAGACAAAGAUCGGCUGCAGGCCAUGAUGGCUCACCUCCGCGUCAAGUCCUCUGAGGCCAAGCCAGCACCUCAGCCUGUCAACCUGGUGUCCAGUAUGACGCUCUCCAAGGCGACAGUUCCCAAGACACCCAUCUCCAUGAGUCUGUCGCAGUCGGCCAUGGCCCCCUCCACGCCACGCACGUCCCUGCCCCAGUCUCCCACCGUCAUCAUCCCAGCCGGCCUGCACAGCACUGGACCCUCCCGCCGACGCCUCUCCGACAAGUACGGGGCCUCCAUGAACCAAGACAUCGUCCAAAACAAGGAGUUCUACUCCAGCGCAGAAGUCAGACCUCCGUUUACGUACGCCUCCUUAAUACGGCAGGCUAUUUUUGAGUCUCCAGACAGACAGCUGACACUAAACGAGAUCUACAACUGGUUCACGCGAACGUUUGCCUAUUUCAGAAAGAACGCAGCAACAUGGAAGAAUGCUGUGCGGCAUAACCUGAGUCUGCACAAAUGCUUUGUGCGUGUGGAGAACGUGAAGGGGGCCGUGUGGACAGUAGAUGAACUCGAGUUCCAGAAGAGGAGACCACAGAAGAUCACAGGGUCUCCCUCCAUUGUGAAGGGCAUCCAGUCCAGCCUUGGCCACAGUCCGGCCUUCUCUGCUCUUCAGGCUGCCAUGGCGGAGAGCUCCCUGCCCCUGUAUGGCUCGGCGUCUCUGGGCAGUGGGGGGCUGCACUCCCUGGCCUCUGCCAUCCGCCACGAGCUCAACGGCUCCCUGGACAAGGACCAGGACAUGGACAGCGACGCCAGCGACUCCAGCACCGACCUCUCCCCCCCGCCCACACUAUACCCUUCCAGAGUGAAGGAGGAGCAGCUGGAGGAGGAGGAGUAUGAGGAGGCGGCCCACUCCCCGGAGAUGAUGCUGGACGAAUGCAGCCCGGAACUGGAGCACAAGCGCUACUAUGAGCCCUCAGAGAGGAAUGACCUGCCCCGGGCCUCUCCACCUGCCUUCUCCUGAGAGCCCCCCCCCCCCACACACACACACACACACACACACACACACACACACACACACACACACACACUUCCACAUGGGCCUAAUCACUCAGUCACUCACCCACUGUUGUGCACACACACAGAACACAAACACUCUCUCAUUGACAGCUAAGAUAAUGUACUGAACGGACACACAGCGCAUUUGGUGGAACACCACUGAGAACCGCCUCACGGCUAGAGGGACUUUUUGGUUGUGGUUGUUGUUGUUACUGUAUUUAUUUUGAAUGGCGACACAUUGUAGCGCCCUGUGGACCGGACUGACCUCACUGGUACGUCAAGGGCUCAUCAGUGCCUGAGCGCAGAAAGGGCCAACAAAGGGCCAACUCCGUGACCGCUCCCUCCCAAGACCUCCACCACCACACGGCACAUAGGUCCCACUGCUCUCCUCCACCCACCACACGGCACAUAGGUCCCACUGCUCUCCUGCACCCACCACACGGCACAUAGGUCCCACUGCUCUCCUCCACCCACUGCCACUGACUUGUCUCGCGUGAUGCCUUGUAUGUCUGAAUUUGUGUGUGUGUGUGUGUGAGUACAUGUUAUUUUUUAUGGUAAUGGUUUCAUAAUUUACAUUUAGCUCCAGUCAGGGUGAAAGGUGUUUGUGUGUGUGUGUGUGUGGGUGUGUGUGUGAGUAAGAGUGUGUGUGUGAUAGACAAAGGGUCAUAAACUUAGUGAAUGUCUCGAUCAUCUGAUUUACCUCCAUUUUAUUUUGUUUUUAAUUUGACAAAAAAAGUUGAAUUUGAACCAAAGUGGAACAUGUCUGACUAGCACUUGAUGAAUGUUGUUUGUUUUUAGUUCCUUUUGUUCUUCAUCUUUCUCUCGGCCCGAGUGUUUGUUGAAGGGCAGGAGUAGCAUACUGUGUUUUGUAGGUAGUUUUCAUUCUAAGACACAAUGCCUUCCAUUGCAUUAUUUUAAAGGAAUGUCUGUAUAUUCCUCUGACUCAUGGUAGUAGAUAGUACAAACUUAAUUAGGAGAGGAUAAAUCUGCAUUUAUGUAAAAAAAAGAAAGUCUAGUUUUUAAGGUUCUCUUUUGAAUUUGUAACUGUCCAUGGAGUUAACCAAAGACUAUGAAAAUAAGGACACAUAUUCCUUGUUUACAUCAGAUUGGCCAGAUGAGAACGUGAUCGUCAGCAGCUACCAAUGAAUUUGUAAAAAAUAGAUAUUGGCAAGUGUGAAUCGUUAAAUGCCAAAUAUGGGUCAGUGUCAAUCACAUGUUUGAUCCAGCAGUCCUGUGGGAGUUUUAACCCUCAUCUCCUCAGACUAGCGAGGUCAUGAAAAGCCUGAGGCUCUUAACACUUGAUUUGUUGUUUUUUAUUCCCUUUUAUAUAAUGCAAAUAUACUUGUUCUUGUAUUUGUACAAAGGGCACUAUCCUUUAAUAAUAAAAGCCAAAUAAAAAUAAAUAAAAAACA